GGACGGUGAUGUCACCCGUUUAUGGUCGGCGACUGCAUUAAAAGCAGGAUGCGGGGAGACCCUCCUCCGUUCCUCCUCACGCUCCCUCAACCCGUUCCCCAUCCACUUCGAUGGUCGCGGGUGUGUCACUGUGAAAAUGUCAAACGGGUCUGCGGGCGCCACGGCCUACGUGAGCCUGGCCACGUUUGCGGUCCCGCCUGGUGGCAAGUACCCCAUCUUCUUGGCGGGCAUCUUCGUCUACUUGUUCUGCGUCUUGUGCAACGUGACGCUGCUGGCGGCCAUCGCGCUACGCCGCCACCUGCACAAGCCCGUCUACUUCAUCCUGCUCAGCCUGCCCCUCAACGACCUGAUGGGCGUCACCGCCAUGCUGCCCAAAGUCCUGGCGGGCGUGUUGGCCGAGAGCAACCGCACGCCGUACCCGCUGUGCGUCCUCCAGGCCUUCCUGCUGCACCUGUACGGCGGCGGCAUCCUCUUCAUCCUGGCCGCCAUGGCUUUCGACCGCUACGUGGCCAUCUGCAUGCCGCUGCGCUACAACACCGUCAUGACCCCCGGGGUGGUGGUCGGCGUCGUCACCACGGUGUGGACUCUGGACCUGGUCCUGAUCACGGCGCUCUUCUCCUUACAGUCCGGGUUGCGGCGCUGCCGCUCGGACGUCGCCAACGUGUUCUGCGACAACCCCUCGCUGCUCAAGCUCAUGUGCGGCGACACGUCCGUCAACAACGUCGUCGGGCUGGUCAGCACGGCCGUCGUGCAGGCGCUCAGCCUGUCCGUCCAGGUCUUUUCCUACGUCAAGAUCUUGAUGGCGUGCGCGGUCACCAGGCGCACCGAGCCCAGGAAGAAGGCGGUCAACACCUGCGUGGCUCAGCUGCUCAUCCUGAUCAUCUUCGAGAUCGCCGGCACCUUCACCAUCCUGUCGCACAGGUUCCAAAAUGUGUCGGGCGACUUGCAGAAGGCGAUGGGCGUGUUGAUAUUUCUCAUCUCGCCUCUCCUGAACCCCCUGGUCUACGGGCUGUACACCAGUGAAAUACGAAACGCUCUGCUCGGGGUUUUGAAAAAACGAGUCUUUGUCUAAAACGGCAAUUCGGAGGGUCGGGACCUGGGGCUUUGCCGUCGAAUGUAACCCCAACCGGUGAAAUUGAAUUUGACCCGCUCUCAACAUUUGAACGCCCGAGGCACCACCGCGUCGGCUU